AUGGCCAUGGCCUUUGUGCAGCGAUUGCGGCCGCUGCGCCAGUUGCACAGUGUCACACAGAUGUCUUGGCGGCUCCGUUCUGUGGCCUCUCUUGGUUCCACGGAGAGGCUGUCCCAGAGCAUUGCCGUCCUCAGGCACCCCCCAAGCCACAUGGAGUUGCCGGCAAACCUGCGCGAGUUGACCUUCAAUGCAUCAGAAUCACGCCUGCUGUGUGACUGUAUUCUACCAGGUCCCCAGCUUGGAUUCACGGCCGAGGAACCUGUGCAGAAACCAGUCAUGCAGGCCUUGAACACAAGAAAGGAUUUCCGCCGGUGGAAGCGCCGGCGGAAGCAAGACGGUGGCAGGAACCGCCACUUCCGCUUGAAGUACGGCUGA